AUGACAGCCAAGGAUGUAUCAGCAGUAAACGUGCCAACAGUCACUUGCUCCACUUAUCAUUCUUCUUUGGAUGACAGCUCUGCCUUCCUUAACUCCAUCGACCCUCUCACUCUGCCCGGAAACAAUAGGAUGUCUGCAGAUAGUGUGGAAGACCAAUCGCACGAAAUUUCUCUGAACGGGACAGGUGUUUCGCCAGAUAAAAGUUUUGUGAUUAUUGAUGGCGCCGAAGACUUGAAGGUUUCGACCUCGGACCAGUUUGCAUCACAACUUGGCUGCAAGGCUGAUACAAAAGUCAAGGUUGUAGCGAUUUUUGGGAACGCCGGAGACGGAAAGUCACACACGUUGAAUCAGCUUUUCUUCAAUGGCAACGAGAUGUUCCCUGAGUCACCAGCGCCAGACCCAUGCACAAUUGGCGUCAGAGCAGCGUUCAACAAAGAGGAUCAGAUCAUUUGUCUGGACACAGAAGGCUUACAGGGCGCCACCAGCAAGGAUAAUCAGAGGACGCGCAUGCUGCUCAAGGUGCUCGCCGUUUCAGACAUCGUCAUCUACCGCACCAAAUCCGAGAGGCUGCACAACGACCUCUUCACAUUCCUCGGCAACGCCUCCAAGGCCUACAAUCAGCAUUUUCGCAAUUCCUUGGAUCGCGUUGCCAAUGAAAGCAGCGAUGAGUCUUCAAAUCAGAUGUCUGCUAGCAAUCUUGGGCCGGUCGUGAUGAUAUUUCAUCAGACACAUUACACAGCGCCGUUGAAUAUGGGAGUAGAGAAAAGUGCCGAGGAGCAGUUGCGCAUUCGUUUUGGCCAGUCUGGAUAUGACCUCAGUGCCUUCAGUUCUUUGCGGUAUGUUGGCGUCCAGUCGCAGGGCGGAAUGACCAACUUUGAUUCCUUGAAGACUAUGGUGUUGAAUGAAGUGGGCAGUACAGCUGCCCGUUCCAAGCGCGAGGUUAGGUUUGUGCUCAAAGCUCUUCGGGCGCUCAACGAAAAGUUCAGCGGCAGACUCCAGGACGAGCGGGACCACCUGUUCCCCGCCGAGUUCUUCAGCUGCCAAGCCAUGUGCCAAUCAUGCAAGAGGAGAUGCGAGCUGAGUAUGGGCCACCUCACGGACGGUGCCAGCGCCGAGCACAAGUGCGCCGAGAUAUGCAUUUACCAGAACCAAUACCAAAACGCGGUGUACCGCUGCAUUACUUGUGAAAAAAACGGCCACAGAGAGCUUGCUUUCUCGACAGAAGACCAAAACUCUUGGAUGGGUCCAGCAAAGUCCGUCUUCUCCGGAAUGGUCCUGAACUGCAACCGUUGCGGAGUGAUUUAUAACAGCCGCGAAUUCUGGUAUGGCAACCCAUCGCCUGAGGAAGCUGGUACGGUGAAGACUGAGACAUGCCACGUGUGGGACGUAAAGGCUUUCGUCCCAGCUGGUGUCAACACGGCGCGUCGGAUCGUGGACGGCGUGACCGUCAUUUCAGGAGUGGUUGCCGAGGCGAGCAAGGCACCGACGGCGGCACUCGCCUCCUGGGCAGCAGAUAUGAUCGCUCCCACCUACUGGAAGUCCAAUUCUGAGAUUAUCAAGUGCACGACCUGUAGCAAAAUCUUUGACAAUGAUUCCUCUAAGCACCACUGCAGAGCAUGCGGUUUUGGCUUCUGCGAAAAUUGUUCCAACUUUGAGAGGCCUGUCCCUGAGCGCGGGUGGGGUGUGAAACCAGUCAGGGUUUGCAAACCUUGCUCCUUAAUUCAACUUAGUGCCAGCGAUUUCUCCAAGGAGAACCCCGAUGAGGUCCGCGCAAGGAAGGUUGGAGAGUUUAUGGCCAGUACCAUCGCAAGCUUCGGCUCUGUCUUGAGUAUACCCAAAGAUCUCAUAAAAAAUUCCGCACAGCCAGACUACUGGGAACCAGAUGCAGAUAUAAAAAAGUGCAAUGUGUGCAGUAAGGACCUACCAACGCCGAAAGAGAAGACACACCAUUGCAGGGACUGCGGCAAAGGCGUGUGUAAUGCGUGCUCAAGCAACAAGAAACCGGUGCCCUACCGAGGAUGGAACACUCAAGUCAGAGUUUGUGACUUGUGCUUCAAAGACUGAGUUUUCCUAGCUAGUUUUUUGCUUUUUAGGACAUAUUGUACAAAUUCAUCAUACAUUAACUUAGCUAUUGUCGUGUAGUUUUUUACAGAAAAAAAAAUAAACUAAGUUUUUUAAAACGAA